CCGCCUUAGUGUAAUGUUAUUGAAUGAUGGGCAAGGAGGACGAACAAAGUAUCCCGCGCACCAUCACCUACCACCACCAGUUUCUUCUUCACGUCCGGUCUGCGAGCCGACGAAAUGUCCAUUUGGGGGUCAAAAACACGCUUUCCUCCACAACUUGGUAUAUCUGAACGAACGAAGCAGAGAAGACCUCCAACGCACUUGGAACGCGUUUGCCAAGCGUCCCUGGUCACGUGCAGCCAACAGACACCAGCAAGCUUGAAUACAUCAGACGUCAGCGCGUCAGCCCCAUGACGACAGUGUUCUGGCCAUUGGAUGUCACAGACGAUGGCUUUAUGUACGGCUGGAUCCAGGAGCACACGGUUUGCGUCGCAGGAAUUUUGCACGCAGACACACUAGCGGAUGCAGAAGCUAUCCUUGCGAAGGCCCUCGGCUCGGAGAGAUUACGAGCGUUGAUGACACUUUGCGAAAUACCAGUCAUUCUUGGGCAUUGUGCGUUCCGUUCUCUAGCUCCUUAUGCCACCCCUGAGAUCAAAGGCUCUAUCAUUUCUUGGACACGUCCCUUCCACUUUUACUAUUACUAUCGCCAUACCGGGAAUUCUCGGCGUUUCUAUGCUGUGCGCGAAGAGGGUGCCAGUCUCAUUUCACGCGGCAAUAGAACAAUGCCCACGGAAGCAUAUUUAGUCCAUGAUUUCACUCGCCAUCGCCCACGAAGUUCCAGACUCGAGGACGUCGUCAAUCAAUUAAAUUCCGCGAGAUUGGCUGAAUACGCCGUACGACACUGUCAGACUACAUGUCCAAGACCGCCGGAUGGAAAAGCGCGUGGUAUGAACUUCGUUUCAAAUACAUUGAAGUCAGCCUCCCGGUCGUGGGAUCUGUUCGGCCACCGCUUCCUGCCAACAAGAAGCGUGUCGAUGCUGAAAGAGUUCAGCUUUACAGCUCGCCAGGUCGAAAACAGGGUCCACGUACUGCACUUCUUGUCCAAUCGGAAGUUUGUUCACCAGGGUGGGGAUAUAAAUUCGGCUUGUCAAGAAUACAUCGAGUAUCAUAAUACCCUUUGGGUGAUUUUGAAUGACAUCAUCAUCGGUGUCGCGUUCCGCUUUUUCCUGUACCAAAAUCGGGCGAUCAUCAACCAGUUGGUUAUAGACGGAUUAGAGGGCAUAUUGGCACAUCGCAUGGAAGGCAUGUUGCUGUGGCUGGAUAGUUGGCCAGCAGGUUUGAAGUUGAACACGGAACUCAGCAGAUUUUAUUCACAAGGCUUCAUUGGCCUGAUAACGCAGUGGGCUACGUUUCUGCGUAGCUGUCUUUGUUUCUUACCGGUGCUCAACCUGACCAUAGAGACAGCCAGUCUCAUGGGGAUGACAAUGGCCACAUCCUUGUUCUUGGAUCUUCUUGGUCUACUUACUGGUCACUUCUAUGCGUGUUAUUUGAUUGCGUCGACGAUAUACCGGCACAUCUUAAUUCUCCUAGGUUCCCUGUGGAACCUCUUUCGAGGGAAGAGGUACAACGUACUCCGCAACCGCACGGACCCAUGGGAUUACGAAACCGAUCAGCUCCUCCUUGGGACAAUCCUUUUCACCCUUGCGGCUUACCUUUUCCCCACGAUUUGGGUGUAUUAUGUAGUUUUUGCGCUGGUUCGGUUGUCGCUCAUCGCACUCUACGCAACCGGCGAGACAUUGCUGGCUUUCAUGAAUCACUUCCCCUUGUUCGCGCUCAUGUUGCGGAUUAAAGACCCCCAGCGACUGCCUGGUGAUAUAUACCUGUUGGCACGACCGACGUCCGAUCGUUGUUCUGUUACCUUGAUGAGUUAUCCACUUCCACUUUCUGUUAUCUUUGCGCAGUAUACACAACUCUGGCGUCAGCUACUACAGUACUAUCAUCCAUUUCGCCUUGGCAGAUGGAUACUGCAAGGACGAGUCCUCGCAACAUUUACACAUGCAUCUGUAUACAUACCAUCGCAAUAGUCUGGGCAGAUUAUAAACAUUCAUGAUAAUUUCGCU